GCUCAAGUUAAAAUGGCGAAAGUAGAAAAACCUUUAAUUUGAUUCAAAAUCAUAAUAGAAAAUUCUUUAGAUUCAUCCUGAAAAUUUUCUAUAUAAACCCAAAUGCGAAAUCCCAGUUUCGCAAUCUCUUUUUUAUUCUACAUACCAAUCUCAAUUCUCUUCUUCAACAAUUUCUUUGCGGAAUCAACUCUCAGCUCUGAACCAAUGGCCACCACCGCCGCCAAUUUGGGCGGAUUUCGCCCGUCCGGCAGAUCCCAAAACAGCGCGGAGCUCGAAAACGUCGCUCGCUUCGCCGUCGAUGAGCACAACAAGAAAGAGAAGGGUAUGGUUGAGUUUGUGAGGGUGGUGAAAGCAACGGAGCAAGUGGUGGCGGGGACGCUUCACCAUUUGACUGUGGAAGCCAUUGAUGGUGGAAAAAAGAAGCUUUAUGAGGCUAAAGUGUGGGUCAAGCCAUGGAUGAACGUGAAGGAAUUGCAGGAGUUUAAACAUGCCGAUGAUUCCCCUUCUUGUACAACUUCGGAUCUUGGUAUCAAGAAAGAUGGGCAUGGCCAUGGAUUGCAAGGUGUGCCAAUACAUGACCCUGUAGUUGAAGGUGCUGCAAAUCAUGCUCUCAAAGCCAUUCAGCAGAGAUCAAAUUCCCUUGUGCCUUAUGAACUCAAAGAAAUCCUUCAUGCCAAUGCUGAGGUGGUGGAAGAUUUGACCAAACUUGAAAUGGUUCUGAAGGUUAAGAGAGGAGACAAGGAAGAGAAGUUGACGGUGGAAGUACAGCAUUUGAGCCAUGGAACUUUCCAUCUCAACCGCAUUGAGCCACAUCACUCUUGAACCCAUUUGGAUGCAAAUAUGUGUUGGUUUGGCAAUGGAUUCUUGGAAGAUUAUAUCCUUUUAUACUUGAAAACAUUAAAGAGUGGAAAUUCCUAAUGUUAUCCAAAUCUUAUGAAAUUGUUGAAAAAUAAGUUUGGAUAAAAAAUAAAAUCGGAAAGAUCUUUUUAGGUUGGCA